CGGAUAUGGGCGCGGCCUUGAGGUGGAAUUGAAGGAUCCUCUACGGAGGUAGUUCGGGGAGGCGGAACAGGAUCUUUUUUUUUUUCUUUAAUUAUCAUGUGACGGGGUUCUGGAUUUCAUGGAGGGGGGGAAAAGUGUGGAAAAGGACAAGGAUCCAAACUGGCGACGUUCCGGAUCUCGGCGGCGCUGCCAGGGUGCGUGUCCCUUUUCUCCCGGCCCCGCAACAGCCUCUUUGCACUGUGUAAAUGAGAAUGUCCUUGGCUCAGAGAGUACUACUCACCUGGCUUUUCACAUUACUCUUCCUGAUCAUGCUGGUGUUGAAACUGGAUGAGAAAGCACCUUGGAACUGGUUCCUCAUCUUUAUUCCCGUCUGGAUAUUCGACACAAUCCUACUUGUCAUGCUGAUUGUGAAAAUGGCCGGGCGGUGUAAAUCCGGCUUUGACCCUCGCCACGGAUCCCACAACAUCAAAAAAAAAGCCUGGUACCUCAUUGCCAUGUUGCUGAAGUUGGCCUUCUGCCUCGCGCUGUGUGCUAAACUGGAACAGUUUACGACCAUGAACCUGUCCUUUGUCUUCAUUCCUCUGUGGGCCUUGCUGGCUGGGGCUUUAGCAGAACUGGGCUACAACGUCUUCUUUGUGAGAGAGUAACUUCUAACUUCUUG